AUGUCCACCCCUUCAAGAUCCACCAACGAUGCGUCGUCGCCGUUGCCCACGGGUGACCCGAACCCGCCCACCUAUGCCACCUUUACGCCCUCGAACCUAGGCCAGACCACGCCGCAGACGAAGCUCCGCUCUGCGAUACUGGUACACCAGAAGUCGCCGUUACUCGCUGCUACCCCGCCGCAGAUUACUCGUGUACUCGCCUAUUCGCAUCCGUUUAUACUGCCUCUGAACAGAUUGGCUGGGUUGCUAACAUGGACCACUGGGGAUCCGUGGGAGAGCUUUCUCCUGGUUGCGAGCUUUUGGGCCGUGGUCAUGUAUGGUGAUGCGGUGACGAGAUAUGCAGGGCCUGUCAUCCUCGUCUCUGGCUUGAUAUUAGGCAUGUACACGCGCAGAUACUCUCCACUCUCUUCGACAGGAUGGACUGGAGAGAAGGGCCAGAAGGGACAUAAGCGGAUCGAGUCGGAUAGCAACAUCAAGCAUCAUAAGAGCUUAGAGGAAAUUGUGGAUAGUUUGAAGCUAUUUACGUCACGCUGCAACAUCUUGCUGGAUCCCUUCCUCCGGUUAACCGACUUUCUCUCAACUCAAAGGACGGCGACGUCUGCCACAACACGACCAGCACUCACUAUACUUUUCAUCCGGAUACUGUUUGUAUUGCCGCUAUGGAUACUCCUUACAUUUCCACCCUUCUACAUCCUGUCAACAAAGCGAGUUGUACUAGCGGUUGGCACAGUAAUACUUAGUUGGCAUUCACGACCAGCGCGUGUCACACGCACUCUACUUUGGAGAUCAAGGACAGUACGGAAAACUUGCGCCUUUCUUACUGGGCUUGACUUCGGCAAAAUUGUAUCAACGGACAAGAAAGGAGCACCACCACUUCCGCCUCGGAAGAAGAGCACACAAGAAGUAGCAGCUUCCUUGGCGGCUAAGCGCCGACCCGAGUCUACAGGUGUGCGUUUUACUUUCUCCAUCUACGAAAAUCAACGACGCUGGCUGGGUAUUGGAUGGACCUCUUCUAUGCUUGCCUACGAACGAGCUUCUUGGACAGAUGAGCAUCUGAAUUCUGUGCCACCGAAGGACCAGUUUGAGCUCCCAGAGGUCGAGGGAGGCCACUCGAGAUGGCGCUGGGUCCAGGGAAGCGAGUGGAGGGUUGAAGGUGGUGAGAAGGAUCGCAAAGCAGACAAGACUGCUCCGAAGGAGGACGAAGGGUGGAUCUACUACGACAACAAGUGGCGAGAUGGACGUAGAGGUCAAGAUGGCUGGGGUCGCUACACUCGCCGUCGAAAGUGGUACCGCGACGCCGAACUUGUCGAGGCCACACCCUCCACAGAAAUAACACCGGUGCCGACACCAAAACGCAAGCCCGUAGACGACUCAACAGAGCCUCUUGAUCCCAACCACCUCACAAAACUCUCUUCAAACCUUAGCACCACAUCUACAUCUACAACUACCGACCCGACCUUGGUUGACUCUGCAAUGUCUGACACAGAUGCAGCAAGUACGAAGAGUAAGAGAAGCUGGUUCAAUAAGAAAAGGCGGAGUAAGAGUACGGGAGGCAGUGUGAGUAAUGCAACCGUCGCUAGCUCGACGAAUACAGAUGUUAGUCGGAGGAGUGAUGAGGAUGAUGUGCAGAGUCCGCUUGAUAGGAUCGCUAGGGAGGAUGAGUGGAGAUUGGGGGAUGACAUUCGCCAACACCUCGAUAUCUAA